UCGCACCUCCCACCACACCUUUCUGCCCAGCAUAUUCGGCCAUCCAUUCAGCAUACAAUGAUGCGCUCUGCACAACGCGCAGUAUUGCAAAAAGGAAUCAAGUGGGAGGAAGAGGAGCCGGAGGAGAAAGAGGUAGAAGAAAUCAUUUUGGGUGUCCUUGAAGAUGACCAAGGGUCGAGGACGAGAGGGAGGGGGAAGACAGGGACGAGGAGACAGAGGAAACGGAUCAACCGACUGGAUGGCGUAAGAGUUUAUGCUUGGAAAAUGGCUUUGGAUGGACGUUCGCUCGUCCUUCGCUGCACCUGAGGACGACAAGAAACACAAGCCCGAGGAUGAAGAGUUCAGUUGUCUGUCCAUUGUUGCAAAUCUCUUGAGAAUAUAUGCUGAACGCUCGUGGGCGGAGAUGGUCGUUGAUCUGGAGGCGCUCCCUCCGUCCAUCCAAGGUCUUCAACAACCCAAUUCAACUACAAACGCAGCUCCUACAAACAGAACUGUAGUCGACACUCUCCUCGCAUACCGAUCCCUGGGAACAUUUAUGACACUGCAAAUCCCACGCGUCAGUUUGACCACAGGCGUGGGCCGAGGUGCAGGGAGAAACUCGUUUGGGGGACAGUCUUCUUCCUCUAUUGCACUUGGUGGACCGCAAAGAGUAUGUGUCGAGCCCAAGUGGAAAGUCACCGAUAUCGUCGUGCCCACACUAGAUGAGAAAGAGGAAGGGGAGAUGGAAGGGGAUCUUGGUACAGUAGUACCACGUGUGACACCACAGAAGGUGAAGCUGGAGGAGUAAGCUGGAGUGAGGCAUUCUGAGCCCUCAACGGAGGAAGUUCGGCGAGGAGGAAAAAGGGGUUGAAGAGGAGACAGAGCGAAAGUGCGUUGGUACACAGUGGGGAGAGUGAUGGGUCUCCGGAUGGGACAAGAGU